UGGCGAUUGUGUUUGUAUGUGAUUGUGAUGGAUAGUUUGUGAAAGUUGUUCGAGUCUGACCUGAGGUUAUUGAAUAUGUGAAUUGCACUGCAGAGCCAGUAGCACUGUGCAUUUUUCAUAAAGUGUUUCAUGGAUUCUCAGAAUAACACAUGGGAGAGUGCAAGAACAUGCAAAAACAAAGAAACAGAAAAUGUAAAAGUGUUUGUUCUUACACCUUCAGAAUUGGCAAGUAUUGGGUUAAUAACCAAAGUGGAAAAUGGUCAAGCUGUUCUGUUGCCUACAAAGAAAGGCAAUAAUGUGGAUACAUCAACCACCUUAAGCCAAAUUAUUGCAAAAAAGCAGUCUUUGACCAUCAAGGAUGUAGUUACAGCAGAAAGAUCUCAGCCUGUAAUAGGUUGUUCAUCUGCUUCAGCGUCGUCAUCUGUUCUGAGGAACCAAAAGAGAAAGGGUUUUGAUGAGCAAGAUGUUACUAUAACAGUUGUCAAGCAGAAUGACAGUAAGGCUGGAUUAAAUGCUGAAACAGCCAAAACUCAUGAGGAUGUCACAGUCACUGUUAGCAAAUUGGCUUCUACAAGUACAAGUGUGCCAAGGAGUGAUGUGAGUUCCCCUCAGGUUAAAAGAUCUUGUGGGAGUAAUGCUCAUAGAGCUACAAACCUGUCAGGUGAUGCUAACAGCUCCUCACAAAUGAAAACUGCCAUUGUAAAUAACCCUCGUAAUCCUGCAACUGAACUAAGCAGUGGUGUAGAUGCUCCUCAAGUGAAAAUAGCUGGUGAAAAUAACUUCUGUAUAAAUACAAAUGUGUCAUGGAAAGGCGUAAUUGCCAGUCCAACGAAAACAGUUCGUAGACAUGACCCUCGUAAACCUUUAGCAGAUUUCGAUAAAUGGACACCAAAUCUUCUCAAAAGGACAUGUAAGCUUAUACCAAUGAAUAAUCAAGUGCAACCUCAGCAGACUCCACAGCAACAGACAACAUGUGCAAGUGCAGUCAGUACAGAUGAUAGUUCCACCAGAUGCUACUCAAACAACACUGUGAGAACUCGAGCAAGGCGAAUGUUGUCAGGCUUUGCACAGUACUGGAUGUCCUCGUUGGAGGACAUUGGCUACAUACGGUGCCCCCUGAGAGCCUGCAACUAUAUUAGUCUGUCAUACCAGGAUAUGAGUGCACACUAUGCUACAUGUGCUGGGGUAAGCGUCACUACAGAUGAUAUGUGCCCUGUGUGUCAAAAACGCCUAAAGUCAGCUGAGUGUGUUAAGCUACAUUUGAUUCGGUCACAUGGACCAAAAUCUAAGAAGCAAGAGGAAUUACAAUCACUGUCUGCAGCAAAGAGAGUGCGUAAAGAAGAUCCACUUCCAAGAGUCCUUGUAAGAAAACGUGGUUAUUCAAAGGUGCAUAAAAUAUCUUGGACGAUAUCACUUGAACAGAAAGGAUACAUCAGAUGUCUUUUCCAAAACUGUGGAUUUCUUGCUCUCAACAUGGAAGAGAUGAUACAACAUUAUGGAAUCUGUACUCUGGAAAUGAAGAAUGGACAGCUUUAA